CCGAGUCAAGUUCGCGCUCCCUCUUUUAUACCUGGCUUACAUGACGUCACCUCAAACUUGUCUAGCCUGUCUUUACGGACUACAUGCUCAUUUGCAGCUGGAAUCAAAUCACAAUCUCAUCUUGAUCGAAUUGCCUCACACCAGACUCUGCAAUGACCUCCAACUUCACGCCCCUGAUGCUCGCGGGUGGCAAGUCCACGCGGAUGGGCUCCCCCAAGCACCUCCUCAAAAUGCCCGACAACCGGCCGCUCUAUCUGCAUCAGAUCGAGCUCCUCCACCGAGCCUGCCCGGACGCCCCCGUGGUCUACAUCUCGCUUGCCCCAGACUCCCAACUCGACCCCUAUCUUGAGUCCCUUAGCACCAGCACCACGAAUGCCACCACAGCCUCGACCAACCCCCAGGAUGAAAACAUACUACCCAAGCACCCGCCGCCUCCCACACCCAACAUCCCCCAGCACGUCCAAGUCCGCUUGAUCUUCGACAGGCCUGACUGGAACUUAGCCCCCAGGCCCAACAUGGCAAACCCUAACACCAACCCUUCACCACCACCUCCACCAUCAAGAAAAUCAGCAAAAGAAUCAGCCGGCCCCGCGGCAGGGCUACUCUCCGCCCUAGCCACACAGCCCAACGACGACGACACGACAGCUUGGCUGGUCAUAGCCUGCGACCACCCCUGUCUAACCUUAUCCGCGCUGGGCGAGCUCUGCGACGGAUACCGCCCGCCCGUGACGUGCUUCACAGUUCCGUCCUCCGAGUCGUUCUCCUCAAACACAGACACAGAUAACAACAACAGCAGCACGAGUAUCAUGAUGAUCGAACAGCCGUUGGUUGCCGUCUGGGCUACGUGCGCCCUGCGCCGCCUGUGCGAGAGGGUCGAAGAGUCCCGCGGCCGGUGA